UGGGCCGGACCGGGACGGGUCCCAUGGACCAGACCGGGAUGGGUCCCAUGGACCAGACCGGGAUGGGUCCCAUGGGCCGGACCGGGAUGGGUCCCAUGGGCCGGACCGGGAUGGGUCCCAUGGGCCGGACCGGGAUGGGUCCCAUGGGCCGGACCAGGAUGGGUCCCAUGGGCCGGACCAGGAUGGGUCCCAUGGACCAGACCGGGAUGGGUCCCAUGGGCCGGACCAGGAUGGGUCCCAUGGGCCGGACCAGGACGGGUCCCAUGGGCCGGACCGGGAUGGGUCCCAUGGGCCGGACCAGGACGGAUCCCAUCCCUGUGAUGGAGGCGAUGCCGGUGGUGGCAGGAGGAGGAUUUCCCCAUGGAACGGAGCUCUGGGAACAACGCGAUUUCAAGGGAUUUCACACCCCGACCAACAGCCCCGGCGCCGCCUGGAACGAGAAAGCAAAAAACAAAACGACAAAAAAAAGGCUCAGAAAGCACCAAUUUCUGCUUCGAGUCCCGGAACCCCUCCGUGGUUCAGACCCAUGGGGCCGUGCUGGGAUCCGCGGGUAAGAAAGCGUUUAGAGUUUGAGCAGCCGGGGGAAGAUGAGCUCCAAUUGUAAAAGAGCAACAACAACAACAACAACAGCAACAACCGUCACCCCCCCCCCAAAAAAAAAAUAAAGAGGGAA